AUGAGAGCACACGGACAACAGAUCUCUGACCGUUUGACCGUUGAAGUCGACUGCCACUCUCUGGGCCCUAGUGAAUGCCCCUCGAUGACCUCGAGCUUCUCUCCUUUGGACUCUCCAACUCCCACGCCUACCAGCAUCUACAGCCAAGGCUCAAUGGCCUCACCCGGGUGGCCUGACUCUACGCAAUAUCACCAUGGAAUGCCCAUGGAGCGCCGAACUUCGCAGACUCCAUUGCGCAGCGCUUUCCGGAUGGCCGAUCUCACCUCCAACGAUGGCAUGAUGAACAUGCCGUGUGGCAGCAUGGAUCGACCAGAGCAGAUGCCCUUGCCCGAGUAUCUGCCCGGAUACGAAGACCAUGUCGACCAGCUGUGGCUCCCGCAGGAUGUCCCAAAGACCUACCAGGAGGCUCAGUUCCCUUACCAGGCUCAGAUGCCUCAGUACAAUCAAAUGGCGCGCAACUACUACCACCGACCUCAGCAAGCCGGGUAUCUUCCCGAGUCUGCUUCCAAUCCUUGUCUAUCUCGCCCUAUCUUCAACCAACCCAACGAGCGAAUGCCUAACUCCGCCUCCAUGAGCAACAUGCUCCACUGGAUGCCCUCGCAGGAGUCUCUGGUACCGCAAACCAUCACUCCUUCCCAGGCAUUCCCCCCUGCCGGCCCUAUGACGCCACCAUCUUCUUCUUACUCUGAAUUCCCCACCAACAUCCCUACCUACAAGUCCCACACUCCUUCCACCCCUCACCGCUCGGUCUCCAUGGGUACCCCCUCUGGAUCAGAUACCCCCAUCAGCCGGAUGUCUCACGGCGAAUACCCCGACGAGUUCCAGCUCUCCCCUGUGUACCGUGAUGGCUUGAUUCAACGCCAUCGCCAGCCAUCCCGCAAGCCUUCCAAGAAGCAGCUUCUUCGAUCUACAUUGAGUCUCGAGAACCUGCCGCCAAUCAUCAAGCAGGUCCAAUUCAAGUGCAAGGAGCCCGGCUGCAAGGGUCGGUUCAAGCGCCAGGAACACCUCAAGCGUCACAUGAAGAGCCACUCUAAGGAAAAGCCCCAUGUCUGCUGGGUUCCCGGAUGCCACCGCGCGUUUUCUCGCAGCGACAAUUUGAAUGCUCAUUACACGAAGACCCACAGCAAGCGAGGAGGUCGCAACCGUUAUGUGGCUACCCUGGAUGACACCAGUCCAGACUUCGACCCUGACUUCCGGGGUCAACUUACCCCCGAUGGUCGCCCUAUGUACGGCACUAAGCUUGAAGAUGCUAUUCCUGACUGUGGCGACCUUAGCGUUGAUGGCUGCUGGGAUGACUAG